AUGCUGCGCCGGGUCGUAUUACCUACUAAGCGACCGGAAUUUUACGUGGCAAAAAACACAGCCUUCGACAUUCUCUACCGAGAAUAUUACGUUCGAGUUUUCGGGCUGUGCCGCCGUUUGUUGAAUUCCCGUGAUUUGGCCCAGGAUGCGGCCCAGGAAGUUUUUAUGCGUGUUUACAAAAACUUUGGUAAGUACGAUGCAGAACAAUCGUUCUGGCAGUGGAUAGCAACCAUUGCCAACAAUCACUGUAUCGACCUGUUGCGUCAGCGUGGACGCUCUGAUGCGCUGUUCGGCGAUGAAACUGUCGAAAUGGAAGACAUCGCCGCUGUAGACGCACCCGUGCUGAGUGAUCUUAUUGCCUUGCAGGACGCGGACGCGCUGAACAACGCGAUUGCAGCGUUGCCGGAUAAAUAUCGGGUGCCGGUGGUGCUCGCCUAUUUUAAUCAGUUGAGUUACGACGAGAUAGCUGAACAGCUGGACAUCAGCCGCAAUCACGUGGGCGUGUUGCGGAGAUUUGCCAUGACUCAUCCGACGCCAUUACAGCUAUCGAUGUAUGCAGACAGUGCGCUAUCGACGGACGAAGCGAAUGUUGUUAUCAACCAUCUGGAUACGUGUGCGGACUGCCGGACUCUGCUGUCCGCUUAUCAGGACGAGGCUCAUCACCUCAUCACCGCGUUACAGAUUGAAGAAUCUGACGCAGCAGAAGAACUGGUGAUACCUAAGUUUUCGCGUCCCGCAAGUCUACGUGGGUUUGCGCUGGCUAAUCUGGCAACCGGAUUUGUGAUCUGGUCAGCGCAGUUUUUGUGGAAGACCAUAUUCGGUGAACUGAUAGUCAACGCGGCUGACUGGCUCACUUCAAUUUAUCUGCCCGACAUUUACGCAGUGGCGAGCCGCACUGUACUGUAUUUAAUAGAAGAGGGAACAGCCAUGUUCGAUGCUUAUCUUGGUUUCAUCGUUGUGAGUAUGUUGAUGAUCACCGCUUUGUCGGUUGUAUUGCUGCACAACAGGACACGCGCCACAGCAAGUCUGUUUGUACUCGCCGCAACGCUGGGGGCGGUCACAAUGCCUGCACCGGUAAGUGCACUGGAAAUCAGGCGCGACGAAAACAAGGUGACCAUUGCGGCGUCGGAGACCAUAAACGACACCCUGAUAGUUGCCGCGGAAACAAUCUCCAUCGAAGGCACCGUCACCGGUGACGUCAUAGCAGUUGGAGCGACCAUAGACAUCUCCGGUUCUGUUGGCGGUAACCUGAUUACGUUUGCGGAAACGGUGAAUGUUCGUGGCGAGGUAGGCGGACUUGCACUUGGCGCAGCAUCAUCUUACAACCUGAAAGCUGCCACAGUAGGGGGCGACUUAUGGGCGGCCGGUGAGACCGUAACGCUUGAUAGCGACUCCCGGGUGAAUCGGAACGCCACCCUCGCCGGCCAGAAAACGGUCAUUGAAGGGAACGUUGCCAGCGACGUGACUGCAUUUUCAGACAGCAUUGAGGUCAGCGGUGAUAUUGGCCAGGACCUGGAAGCUUUUGCCGGCCGGGUAAGGCUGCUGAGCGAUGCACACAUUACCGGCGACCUGCGCUUUCGCUCCGCCGACAAAGACAGACUGUUUCGUGCUGACAGCGCGCGGGUGGACGGCGAAGUCGAGUUUGUUGCCAUGCCCGAAGAAUUUAAAGAACAAAAUCGGUACGCCACGGUGCAGUUUUAUCUGUGGCAGAUCGCUCGCCUGAUAGCUGCGUUUUUGGUGGGUGUGGCGAUAUUCUGGCUGGUGCCGGGUUUGCGAUCGCUGUCUAUCGGCGCGGGUGUCGAAGGGCUUAAAUCUGCCGGUAUUGGUUUGCUGACGCUGAUCAGCGUCCCCAUAACGGCAGUGUUAGUAGCGGUCACACUUAUUGGCCUGCCGUUUUCUUUUUUUGCAAUUGCCGCCCUGCUGACGGGGGUAUACCUGGCAAAAGUAAUUGUUGCCGGUUUGAUUGGCCGAAUGGUGUUUGCUGAGGACAGUCGGCCAGUCCUGAGUUUGCUGGUUGGCUUAAGCAUCGUGAUCGUCGCCGUGAACGUGCCUUUUAUCGGUGGCAUCGUCAACUUUUUGCUGACCAUCACCGGUCUUGGUUUGCUGGUGCAAUAUCUGUUCGGACGGGUAGGUAAUCGUGAUGCGGUUUAA